AUGUUGGAUAGGGUGUGUCGAGGGGAGGAGAUACCGGAGGCGGAGGUGGAGGUUGCGAAUAGGGAGCGGGAGGGAGUUAUUCCCGAUUUAUUAGGUGACAAGGAGGAGGAGGAGCAGUUGAGGGAGCAUUCUGAGAAGCAGACGGUGAAGAUUCCACCUGCAGCUGCUGACACGGAUGCGGCUCAGCAUGAUAAAGAAAAGGUGAAACCAGUGGUAUCACCUGCGGUUUGGGCGAGCUUUUCGUUUUCGGGGCAAUCUCUUGCUGCGCUCAAAGCAGCGGCUUUGGAAACGGCCACCAGCAAGAACAUCUCCACCGACGACACCCUCACCGCAUUCAUCUUCCAGUCCAUCACCCGCUCUCGAUCCUCCCGCCUUCUUCGAUCUCAAAACCCAGGCACCACUACGCACUGCACGCUGGGCCGCGCUGUCGACGCCCGCCGGUACCUCAACAUCCCCGCGACCUACCCGGGCGUCCUAAGCAACAUGGUCUACCACUCCCAAUCCGUCCAAGAAACCAUCUCCAUGCCCCUGGGCGUACUCGCGUCGGAGCUUCGGCGCGAGGUGGACCCGGCCGCAUCUCAGAUCGGAUUGUACACGCGCGCACUUGCCGCACGUAUCCGUCAAAGCCCCAGCAAGGGAAGUAUCUCCCCGACAGCGGCCUUCAGUUCCUCCCGUGGCAUCAUAAUUAGUUCUUGGGCUGGUGCCGGUGGAGAUUGCUAUGGGAUGGAUUUCGGGAUGGGGUUGGGGGUUCCUGGUGCGGUGAGGAGGCCAGUGUUUGUUCCUGUUGAAGGACUGGGGUAUAUAUUGCCGAAGCAUCCGAGCGGGGAGAUUGGGUUCGUGAUUUGUUUGAGGGAGGAGGACAUGGAAGCUUUGAAGGGGGAUGAAGAGUGGAGGAAGUGGACGGGUUAA